AUGAACUUUGCUUUUAUCCUGCAUGAGGGAUGUGCAUGGGGAAAUUCGUUGGUUGCUGAUUUGCUGCUUCCAUCCGAAAAUCGGGUUUUCUGUUCACACGUUGAAUUGCUUGCCAGUCUACGCAAUUUGCUUGCAAUUAGGUUACCCAGCUCGGCGACCAACUCAGCAACGGAAAUUUCCAAGAUCACCGAUUUACAUGCAGUGUAUUUUUGA